AUGAAGAAGAAAUUGUUGGCCAUAGCAGCGCUCUCUGCAGCGCAUUCUGGGCUUCGCGUUGCUGAGUUUGCAGCAGCAGCCAGUGGUCCGUCUGUUGCAGUUUACGACGAUGAGGGUUUUGCCGAUCUCCCCCCUUCAGCUGAAGCAUCACCGUAUAUGCAGGAGAAUGGUGAGGCCACGUUGCGCAUACCGCGUGAAGACGUGGAGACAGCAGCAGUGGCGGAGAGCUCCGACCGGACGCCAAAAGAAGAUCCAGAAGAACGCCUGUGGCAUGUUGAGUCGGCACAACCCACGGUUUCUUCAGCUGCCGCUACAGUUGCUGCUUCAACAGGUGCGGCGGCAGGCUCCGGUGCUGGAGAGGCGCAGGAAGCGGUGGUGGAUGACAUGGACUCCCCGACAAGUAGUCUCACCCGUUCAGAUUCGUCUGAUAUUCGUCAGAGAGGUGUGCAGGGAAAUUCUGCUCCGUUGACGAAUGGUGGAAGCGGCACUGAAGGGGGAGAGGAGGGGCAGCGCCUGUUGCUGCUAGACAAAGACCCUCUGUCUCCGUUGUUGUUGUUGUCGAGGGCCCCUCGGGGUGUAGGCUUGAAGUCCUUUGUCCUGGGUCUAGGAUGCUUGUUGCUUGCUGGUUUGUUUGCGUUGGAGGGGGAUGACUCUAUACCUCGCGGCCCGGCUCAUGCACUGGCCGAGUUUUGGGAUUUGGACCGCGAAGACGUUUCCGCUAUUGCUUUCACUCUGUUGGUGCUACUGAGCACUGUUUCGCUUAUUUCUGCGGUGUACAGACACUUCAGUAGGGUUCGAAGACAACGGGAAUGGAUUCAAAAGGCAGAAGAAGGGAUAGAAGCAGCCAAAAGAAUUCAUCAAACCCGGGUGAAACAAAUCUUGGCUCGCCAAGAGCCUGCAGACAUGGCUAUCUUGCAGACUGGCAAGCCUUACUAA